UCAGUGUUUGUGAAAAGACAAGAAGGUUUUGCUGUGUGAUUCAGACUGAAGUGAGUGGUGAAGUUCUGCUAGGGCUAUACACAAAAUAAUAGCUUCAACUGGAAAGCCAGUCUGCAGGCAACAAGGAUCCUGCCCUGAGACUAGCUGUUGGGAGCUCUUUCUGGCUCCAUCAUGGAAAGAAUCAUCAUACGGCACCCGAUAGAAACACCAGUACGCUACCAGGAGGAAUUUGAAGCUCGGGGCCUUGAAGACUGCAGACUGGAUCACAGUUUGUAUGCACUGCCAGGCCCAGCCACGGAGGACCUGAGGAAGACCAGGUCAGUCCAGAAUCCGCUACUCACCCCAGAAGCUGAGAAGCAACCAGGGGGGGACAGCAAACCUCUUUUUCAGGUCUUGGUGGAUGUGGUGCAGUUCCUCCCUGAAGAUGUCAUCAUCCAGACUUUUGAAGGCUGGCUUCUGAUCAAGGCUCAACACGGACCCAGAAUGGAUGAGCAUGGAUUUGUCUCAAGGAGCUUCACCCGGCAAUAUAAGCUACCAGAUGGUGUUGAAACCAAAGACCUAUCAGCGCUCUUUUGCCAUGAUGGCAUUUUGGUAGUGGAAGUGAAAGAUCAUGGAAGGGUUAACUGAACUCCUGCCAGUUGCUUUAAUGAGAUAGUAUGUGCCUUAUGUGGUCUGACAGCUCUGUGUAAUGAGAGCUUGCAUGCAUGUGGCCCCCUUGGCUGCAUUUACAGUGGAGAUUAAAAAAAAUUUGAAUAUAUUUCUUGGUACGUUGAGUUUUAUUAUUCAUUUUCUCUUAAUGGAAAAUGGUUAGCCGUUUGCCUACAGUGCAGAGCUUUGCAGUUUAUGCAGCUGAAAACUUAUGACAAUUUGAGAUAAGUAUUUCUGAUACUGUUGUAAUGCAAAACAGGUGUGCUAACUGCAUGACUAAGGCAUGCAGGAUUGACUUGGUAAUAACCAACCACAAUGAUUAUACUAAGGAAAGGAAUUAAUAUGAUAAUUUUAUUUGAAAAAGGGCCAUUUUUGCAAAAUGUAGUGCUUCUCUUAACUCUGAUUUUUUUCAUUUCAAUGUAUUUUUAUCAGAAUUGAGUCUGGUAAGGUGGGAUAAAUAUAAUAGAAAGAGCAUUGUACCUGGAACCAAAAGAUGUGGAUUCAAAUCCCAAUUUUGCCACCUAUUUACCUUAUGAUUUGGGGCAAGUAAAGUAAUUGUACCUCUCUGGACCUCGAUUUUCUCACUUUCAAAAUGAAGAGAUUGGAUUACAGGACCCCUAUGUCACUUCUCACUCCAUAGAGUCUAUGACUCUAGAUAACUAACUAGAUAACUAGACUCUAGAUAAACCUUUUUGUUUCUGCAAUAGAGAGACAAUGCACAUUUGUGGUAUGCUUCUGGAUCUAUAUGUUGUAAAUAAACCAAAAUAUCAGCUAAAAACUCUGAUUGUAACAUGAUCUGUGGCCUUUGUUGAUUUAUAAGAAUACACAUUUGCUAUGUAUCUCAUGAUAAUUUUACAUCUUAAAAUACAUUUUUUAAAAAAGUAUAACUAUCUUUUUGAUAACUUUAGUUGAAAGGACAAGUAUAAGCCCUGGAAAAAUUGACAAUAACCAGAAAACGGCAAAUAUUUAUACAUUUUUUUCCAUAUAAUGCUUAUGUCUUUAAAUUUCUGAUAGCAAAGAACUUAAAAGAAAAUAAUAAGAAAGAAAAAAACUUGUCACAUAGUCAUAAAUACCCCUGUGCUUACCCAGCAUGCCUGACAGUGCUCAUAUUACAGCUUGCCCUCUCUU